GCCCGACCCACCUUCCGUUUUAUCGCUUUCGUUUUCUUUCCUCUUUCCUUCCAUGAUGCCCUUCUGUGGGACACUAGACGGGAGAACUUCCGGUUUACAAGGGUGACGCUCUGUGGGUCAUGUGAUUCGAAGAUGGCGGCGCUGCAAUAGCUGGCUGGCUACUGUGCCGUCCGAGAGUCUGGGACAGUUUUGUUCCUGCGAACUUCAGCCUUAGGGACAGCGGCAACAUCUGACUGAACUCCGCGGUGGUCCGCAGCUUUGGGCAGGGGAGCGCCCACUCGAGACAGCAGCAGCAUAGGGGCUGGAGCCAACUGCCUGGUCCGGAACCGGCCUCGGGAGACCCUGAGGCACGAGGGACUCGUUUGGAUGAGGACAUUGAAACCUCUGCUGGAACCGGAUGUUGUGAGGGGCGGGAGCCGAGAACCCCAGUGCUGCCGCCGAGAGAGCCUGCGGUGCUGGAAGAGCUCUCGUGAGUCCGCCCCUCUGCCCUCGGAGACCUCUGCUCAUUAGUUCUCCUUGUAUUUUUUAUUGAUUUCUCUGCUUUCACUUCUCCCUCAUGCCCUUUUACCAUAACUGGAAAUAUGAUCAGCGCCCCUGAUGUGGUGGCCUUUACCAAAGAGGAAGAAUAUGAGGAGGAACCCUACAAUGAGCCGCCCCUGCCAGAGGAAUACUCCGUUCCCCUGUUCCCCUUUGCAAACCAGGGGGCUAACCCGUGGUCUAAACUGUCAGGGGCCAAAUUUACUCGGGAUUUCAUUCUCAUCUCAGAGUUCUCAGAGCAGGUGGGACCUCAGCCUUUGCUGACCAUCCCUGAUGAUACCAAAGUUUUUGGCACUUUUGAUCUCAAUUACUUCUCCCUCCGGAUCAUGUCUGUGGAUUACCAGGCCUCCUUUGUGGGGCAUCCAUCUGGCUGUGCCUAUCCCAAACUGAACUUUGUGGAAGACUCCAAGGUUGUACUGGGAGAUUCAAAGGAAGGAGCAUUUGCUUAUGUGCACCAUCUCACCCUUUAUGAUCUGGAGGCCAGGGGCUUUGUGAGGCCAUUUUGCAUGGCCUAUAUUUCUACUGAUGAACAUAAAAUCAUGCAACAAUUCCAAGAGCUCUCAGCUGAAUUCUCUAAGGCUUCAGAGUGCUUGAAGAAAGGCAAUAGAAAAGCUUUUGCAAAUGAACUUGAAAAAAAAUUGAAAGAUCUAGAUUACACCCGGACAGUGCUGCACACUGAAACAGAGAUCCAGAAAAAGGCCAAUGACAAGUGGUUUUAUUCCUCUCAGGCCAUUGAGAAGGCCAAUGAACUGGCCAGUGUGGAAAAAUCUAUUAUUGAACACCAAGACCUAUUAAAGCAAAUCAGAUCUUAUCCUCACCGAAAACUGAAGGCAUCUGAUUGCUAUCCAGCAGUUGAGCCAGAUUGUUCCCAGGAUCAAUCGGCUGACCAGGCAUCCACUACCUCUAAGCCUGAUGAGCCUGCUGAAACAAACCUUUAUAGACGAAGACCCUCAUAUACCCCCAAGCUCAUCAAGGCAAAGUCUGCUAAAUGUUUCGACAAGAAGCUGAAAACCUUGGAAGAACUUUGUGACACUGAGUUUUUCACCCAGACCCUGGCUCAAUUAAAUCAUAUUGAGCACAUGUUUAGAGGAGAUCUGUGCUACCUUUUGACCAGCCAGAUUGACAGAGCCCUUUUGAAACAACAACGUAUAACUAAUUUCCUCUUUGAAGAUUUGUUCAUUUUAGCUGAUAAAGUAGUAGAGAAACAGGAUGAUAUGCCUUUGGAGUAUAGUCAGGACAAGCUGCAUGCCAGAUCUUUGGAAGAUUGUCCAAUUCCUAAAGUGUUAAUUAAUGUAGGAUCUUUUAAGUCCAGUGUGGAGUCUGUACUUAUCAAAAUGGAGCAGGAACUUGGAGAUGAAUUCAAAGAGUCUGAGGUAACAGAAUCUAGUGUUUAUGAUCAUCAGGAGAACUUGGAUUACCUUGACAUGGAUAUGAAAGGAAGUGUCAGUAGCGGUGAAAGUAUUGAAGUUUUGGGAACUGAAAAAUCUACUUCUGUUUUAUCUAAGUCUGACAGUCAAGCAAGCUUGACUGUCCCAUUGAGUCCUCAGGUGGUCCGGAGCAAAGCAGUCAGUCGGAGGACUAUUAGUGAGGACAGUAUUGAGGUUCUUAGCACUUGUCCCUCAGAGGCCUUGAUUCCUGAUGACUUUAAGGCAAGUUACCCAAGUGCCAUUAAUGAGGAACCUUAUGUGGAAGAGCCUUAUGCAGAUGAUGAUGGAGCUAUUCACUUUAGUGCAAGUGUCAAUCAACAGGAUCUUGGUGAGAUAGAGGGCAGUUCAGAAAAUACCUUAUCACAAACGGACUCUGCUUGUUGUAUUGGAAAAGAGAGUUCAGGCCUCCUCAUACCAAAUUCUGACCAAACACAAAAACACUGCGAUGAAGAUGGAGUGGUCAGUAUUCCCCCACAACGUUAUAGGGAGAAGCAACAGGGAUUUCAUGUGGACUUCUCAGUGGAUGAUAUCAACUCUUCCUCCCAAGAAAACACAACAGAAGGCCUUUCUCCUUAUGACCAGGACCCAAACUGCCUGAGAAGCAGCAGAGAUCUCAGUAAGAUCAGCCUUAAUGAAUAUGGAGAUUCUACCAGCUAUAUAAGCAGUGCAGCAUCCACCAGUUCGGAUAGAACUCCUUCGCCUGCCCAUCACAUUGGCCUCUCCUCAGAGAGGCAUAAAAAAAAGGCUGGGCAAAAUGCCUUAAAGUUCAUUAGGCAGUACCCCUUUGCACACCCUGCAAUCUAUUCUCUGCUUAGCGGGAGGACUCUUAUUGUGCUAGGGGAAGAUGAAGCAAUAGUGAAGAAGCUUGUGACAGCUCUAUCUAUCUUUGUUCCCAACUAUGGCAAAUCUGCCAAGCCUGUGAAACACUGGGUCUCUUCCCCUUUGCACAUAAUGGACUUUCAGAAGUGGAAACUUAUUGGCUUACAGAGAGUGGUUUCUCCGGCUGGUGUCAACACUCUCCAUUCCCUGAACCGAUACAGCCGUUAUACCAGCAUACUAGAUUUGGACAACAAAACACUGCGUUGCCCACUCUACCGAGGCACAUUGGUACCCCGUCUGGCAGAUCACCGCACCCAGAUCAAACGGGGGAGCACCUACUACAUGCAUGUACAGAGUGUCCUGACCCAGCUGUGUUCUAAAGCCUUUCUCUAUACUUUCUGUCAUCACCUACACUUGCCCAUCAAUGAGAAGGAGACCGAACAGUCUGUGGUAGGCCGACAGGUGAACUUCUUGAAGCUGCACCUGGGCCUGGUCAAUGAGGAUGUCAAAGUGGUGCAAUAUUUGGCUGAGCUGCUCAAGCUGCAGUACAUCCAAGAGCCUGUUAGGCCUAAUCACUCAAUGCUCAGGUUUGACUAUGUUCCCAGCUUUUUGUACAAAAUCUAGGCCUGUUCCCAGCAGUUAUAAUAGAAACAUAACAUGACUUAGGUUAAGAGUGCAAUGGGGAUGAGCAAGCAUUUGCUUGAGUUUGACUUAAUAUUUCUGCUAUUCAUUGAAAAAGAAAAUUAGAUGGUGAAAAAUGUUAGUAACAUCAGAACCUUUCCAGCUAGGGAACUGCAGAUGUUAAAAGGUUCCUGACAACUCAAGAACCAAAUAUGGGAGAUUUUCCACAGCUGAGCUUUCUUUAAGCUAUUUAAGAGGGCCGUUAGCUACCAUUAAGUUCUUUGUUCUGUCGGGCCCCUGGAUUCAGAAUAGCUCUUCAUUGUACAGUGAUGGGGACCACAGUAGGCACAGGAAUGGCUACACUGGGUCCUUGAAAGUCAAAAUGCCCCUUGAUAUUGAAAAAACUCACUAUAAGCUACACGAGGGGUGCACAGCUCUAGACAUCAUAGAAAACCAAAAGGGAGUCCAGCCAAACAGGAAAUUCGACUUAAUAGGGGCAAAACGAACAGGGAAAUCAAUUCUAUGGCAAAUAGAAACUUAUUACAUAAUUUGCACAUUAACGUCUUCUCAUUAAGAAAGACCUCAGGUAAUUGACAGUGGCCCUGUAAUUAUCUGACAUCACUGGAGCCUGUUGUAUUUAAAAGGUGUUUAAUUGUGGUCCCCAAAAACUGAUUGCCCCUUGACCCGAGGUGGGAGGAGUGAAAGCAAAGCAGCUGCCAUUUUGAAAGCACCUGAUUGGGUGGUUCGAGAGAAAGUCUCAAGCAGCCCCACUUGAAAGAUGAUGAAUGUAUGCUAGAAUCUUCCAUUGUUUCUCAUGCCCACAGAGAUCCAUCUGUGCCUUGUCUGCUUGUUUCAUUGUUCAGUCUUAAUUGGGGGGUGGGGGGGAAGAGGUCCAAAAAGACUUUUGAGCGUAGCUAUGCUGUGUCAGCAGAAGUGAUUUAAGAUCUUGGUUUGGAAGGUGUCAGCACAACCAAGAACAAGGCAGAGGGCAUGGAAGGGGUGGGGCCAAAUUUACCAGUUUGACCAGUACCAUCAAGCCAAGGAUUGGCAAUUAAUGUGGUUUUGUUCUACUAGUUUCUCUGAUCAGGAUUUAGUUUGCUGUCAUGGAAGAGCUCUGGGGAAAUGUUCAAAAUGUUCAAGUCACCGCUCUCAACUCCAAAGUCCUCUUAUCCCAUCACAACUUCUCUUACUCUCUCAGGGGGCAUGACUUGCAAGCUGGUGAAAGGGCCCUGGUUCAUUUCACUUAUUUGUGACUAGCAGGCCAGAUUCAAGAACUAUUUGGAUGGGCUUAGGCUAGCCCAUCCUUCGAUGAUGGUGAUGGGUUUAAGAGGACAGCGUCCACUUCUUCACCUGUUUUGGUUCCACCUCCACAGAGGAUUCAGAUUUUAAAAAGGUGGUGGGGAAGGUUAUAUAAAUUCAUUCCUCUGCCUUUAUCUCAGGACUUAGACUGAGUAUCUCCUGGCUUUUAUCUUUACGCCCUCACACCUGCCACCAGAAUAUGGAAACAAGUAUUUUCUCGUAACCUUGAAAUUUUAAAUGUUUUCAAAGAAUGCUAUUUUUCUUCUAACCAUGAGACAUUGUUUUUAAUUUAUUUCUCAAAAAAAUGUGAUUAUAGAUAUAAAGCAAUCUGGAAUUCUUCACUCGAUGUGGUUGUUCCCAUUGAGUCAGUGUCGGUGGAGGAUUCUUGGUUGGUAUGUGUGUGUUUUCCUGCUUUUCAAGUUUGAUGUAGGGCUUCUAGUGUCCUAACCCAAGGGCGCUUUGAAGCCAGAUCUUGGGGCAACUAGCUUUUCCCUUUCCAUGAAGGUUCCGAACCAGGACCUGUAUACUCUGCCCUCUCCCAAAGAAUAAUGACGAGAAGGGAUUUGCUUUUGUAUUGUUUUCCUCUCCUUCCCCUACCUGUUGUGUUUAAAGGAGCAGAAGGAAAGCCACCUUCCUCCCAUUCCCUACUCCCAUUUUGUCAUUAAUAGGUAUUUGUAAUGUGGUAUGUCAAGCUGAUAAACUUGGGGGACUUUUUCCAUGAGGGAGCAGCUUAGAUUUCUUUAGGUCUCCCACCCCAUUUUCUUUCCCACAAUGCAUUUCCAUAGCAAAAAGCAUAGAAGAGCUUCCUCGUGCCUUUGAAACCUGAGGCACAAAUCAUGACACAGACCUACUUGAAAAACCUGUCAAUUGCUGAUAUAGCUUAGGGCCUUUGCAUCUAUAAAGGAGGGAGCUGCAGUUCUCAUUAAAGGGAAAAAAGCCUGUUGAAUUCAUGGGAAUGGUGAAAGAAAAACAGUAUGCAAAAGGAGUGACAAAAGAACUGCUUCAACUAGAAAAUGGAUAAAAGCAGCAGAUUCCACACAAUCGGCACAAUCAAUAUCAUGAGCUUAAGUAAGGUGGAACACUUUCCUAGUCUUGACCUCGGUGGCAUUUCAGAAGGUAGAACCAAAAUUGUUACCAUUAAGACAGGAAAAACCCAUGCCAACGAAUAGGCCACUUUUCCCUAUAUGAGUCUGAUUUGACCUAUAUUUCAAUUGGAAAAUGAUUUUAGGGAAUAUGAAUUCAGCAAAAGAAUGUUUCACUUAAAAACAGGUUUUGAGAAAUUACAAGAAGUUAUUUACAGCUUUGGGUCUAGGUGUUUAACACCCCCAUAAAGUGGAAUUUAUCUAAAAUGCACUCUAGUGAGACCGAUGUUAAGACUUUUUUCCAUUUCAUAUUGCUGAAUCUGUUAACACAUCUCGCUUAUUAUUUAAUCUGAGGAAGGAUGCAAAGCCGUUGAAAUUCAUUUGUUAUCUUUCACAAACCUGAGUUACAAAUAUUCAGAUAAAAUGCUACAUUCUCAAAAACUAGAUAACAUUAGCCCUACUCUUUAACCUUUUUUUGGGGGGGGUCGAUUCAUUUUUAGGUAACAAACACAGCUUUUGUUUUUAAGUUUGAGAGCUAGAUUUUCGUUAUUUUUUGUUUUAUGCCAUCUUUUCUGGGAAAACUAAGGCAAGAACUGGUCAAUAGAAACUUAAUCAUCUGGCUUGUUAAGUAUUUAUAGGUACAUAUUUUUAAAGCCCUGUUUAGAAUAUAAAACAAAAGGCAUGUAUUAAGCCACAUUAAUCUAAUAUCUCUUGCUUCACCCUGUCCCCAAACCAAGUUUUCCCCUCCUGGAACUUCAAUUGACAUAAAUAUUGCCAGUAAAAGUUGGGCAACUUCCUAUAUCGCUGCUUUAAAGCUUUAGUACAGUCUUCAGUCAGCCCAGCUGGAACAUGCAAUUUUCCAAGCAUACUUUUAAUUUCUAUUCAUGUAUAUGGAGAAAUCUUUGGAAUAAAACCCAAUUCGAACCUAAACCUGAACCCAUUUUCAGCUCUAGAGGGGGCCGGCAGUUUCUAAUCUGCUUGACAGGGCUUUCAAGGUUCUAUGAAGUGUCUAAGAAAAAUGAUUGCUUGCUUUUGAACAGUCUGGUUUUUGUCAGUACCAAGAGCAUGCACCCUUCUCCCCUUCCCAGCAGACCCCCGUGUUGCAUGUCAGGUCACAGUCCUUAGUGUCUCCUUCGUGGUAUCCCGUCGGUGCUAUCACUGGGCACCCCUUCUCAGACUAGAAUUCAUCCGAACAGCCUGUGCAGGAAGGUCACCAAAGGCAGCAGGGAAAGUAGCUUCUCGUUCGCCUCCCGAACAGUUCAGAAAAGAUGCCUGGAGUGAAGCUUCAGAGAGAGCGUUGAGACUGGCUUUAGGAAGGGAGGGAAACAGGGAUGUAAGAGAAGCUUCCAAUGCCUUAAGCGGCCGCUAUCUCUGCUUUGGGAAGCGAAGGCAGCAGAGUUCCAGGAAGCUCGAGGACAUGCGGGGUCCAUGAGGCUUAUCGAGUGCCUCCAAGCAGGAGGGCCGAUCAUCCGCCUAUCCUGCCCAGAACGUGCCCAUCACUUGGGCAAGGAGCAGGCUGCCCUCUAGACCGUUUAUCCGCUGCCGCCAGCUCCCAGAUGGAAGCAAGGACGGGAAAAUGGGGGAAUCGGCACCCAGAGGUGGCUCUUGAAGCGCCUGCUUCCAACUAGAGGGGAUGAGUCCAGGGCAGCAGUUGGGCCGACCUCUAUGCUGUCUGCCCCUAGAAGGCAGAGCUACAGGGUAUAGUCUCACCCCUGGCAAUCCAGACACUGAGCAGUUUGGAAUACUGACGGGGUCGAGAGAAAGAUGGCCUUUUCUGGUACAGGGGAACCCGGGCUCUGAUGAAUUCUGGCUUAUUUUAAAGAAAAACUAUUUUAUUAUUGCAUGUUCCCUUGUUUGUAUUUGUAAGCGUGUACAGACGUUGUGUAAGUGGUAGUUUAACAAGUGCCCAAUGGAACUAGUGUACUUGGCAUGUCUGUAAUAUCAUUUUAGAGGUGUUGCUGCACACGUAUGAGUUAAUGCCAAAUGAAUAGUAUGAGAAAUGUACUGUAAAAAUUUAAUUUAUUUGAGUUCAGAUAUUUUUGAAAUACAAAUUUGGUUGUAUUUUUAAAGCUAUCAUUCUUGUCACACUGUGUGUUUAAUUUUAUUGUGCUAUUAAAAAUGGUCAUUACUGUUUUGCA